AUGAAGGCCUGGAGGGUAAUAAAAUGGGCCUCUGUGUUGGCAACAACGGUUAUCCAGCCAACUGAGGCAGUUAACACAUUGGCACCAUUCACACAUUCCACAUUUCCCUUGGGCUCCAUCAAAGCUACUGGUUGGCUUCACGACCAACUUGUCCUAGAGGCUAAUGGGCUCGCUGGCCACCUCUUUGACUUCUAUCGCUAUGUUGCGAACUCAACCUGGGUCGGAGGAACAUAUGAAUAUAGCGAGCUGCACGAGUCUGCGCCUUACUGGUUCAAUUACAUUGUUCCUCUGGCGUUUACCCUCGAUGAAGUGCGUUUGAAAGACCAGGCCCGGCAAUUUUUGGAUUAUGUGAUUGAUCAUCAGGCGGCCGAUGGAUGGCUGGGACCGGAGACCACACGUCAGACGCGAGGAAUUUGGGCUCGAAGUCUGCUAUUCUUCGCUCUGAUGCAAUAUGCCGAGGCAGAUACAGCCCAGACAGAUCGCAUUGUAACUGCAAUGCACAACUUUACACGGCUAGCAAAUACCAUGUUGAAGAAUAAUUUCACCGGCCUUAUCCAGCAAAAGUCCCAGAACGAUGACUUUGAUCCAUACGGAUUCGGACUCUCCAGAACACACGAGCUCCCUUUGGCCCUACAGUGGCUCUACGAGAACCAUCCUCGAAACAACUCUGAUGUGAUAUGGGAGACCAUGGAUCUCAUGUUUGCUGGUGGAAGACUGGGAGCCCGUGACUGGACGACAUUCUUUGUUGAAGGCGUUUUUCCUAAAUUGGGAACGCCGUAUAUCAAGACUAGCGGGUUCACUCAUGGUGUCAAUCUGGCUGAAGGGCUUCGCUAUCCGACUGUCCUGUAUCGAAUGAACCAUAAUGCCUCAUUGCUAGCGCAGACGGGAAACGCAGUUAACAUGACGUAUUUCUAUCAAUCGACAAGAGCAGGUAGCAUCACUGCAGAUGAACAUCUUGGUGGUUUGAGUCCACAACGUGGAUCGGAAACCUGUAUGGCAGCGGAAAUGAUGUUCUCGAUGGCCUAUCUCUUCCGGUUCUAUGGUAUCAACCAAUAUGCAGACAAGGCCGAACUAGCUGCCUUCAAUGCCUUCCCAGCAGCACUGACUCCAGACUGGUGGGCACAUCAAUACGUUCAACAGACAAACCAGCCUUGGUCUCGUAAUUUGACGGCAAGACCGUACGCCAACGUAGUAUCAUAUGGAAACACCUUUGGUUUAGAGCCAAACUUCCCCUGCUGCACGGUGAAUCACGGCCAGGGAUAUCCAAAAUAUGUGGCAUCCUCGUACGUGCGUGAAAAGGAAGAUCACAUCGUCCAUGCCCUACUCGGACCUACGACUUUACACACCACCGUCAAUGGUAAGAAUGUUCUCAUCUCGUGCAAAACCAACUACCCGUUCUCUGGGAAAUUAGUCUAUGCGAUCACUUCAGCAACGGACUUGAACUUUUCAGUUCGAAUCCCGUCAUGGACUAACAGCACGGGACACAAUAACUACACUGUCAAUGGGUCAAAGCCAAAGCCUCUUGCACCAGAUUUCGCAGGACUUCAAACCGUCUCCAUCGAAAAGGGACAAACUCAACUCGAGAUCAAUCUCGAGUUUCCAGUUCAAAUUACGGAACCGCGCAACGGAUCAGUAGCAAUCCACUACGGCCCUUUACUCUACGCUCUAGAUGUUAAAUACGCCAACGCCUCAUACCAUAGCCCGCUGAAUUGGACAGAUCGUGCACCCCUUCCAACUGAUCAGAUCACGCCAGGAACCCACGAAUGGGUUUUAGAUCCAACUUCAGAUUGGCAAUACGCCAUUGAUCCCACAUCUGUGACAGUUGAGCAGCUGCAUAACCCGGAUAAGGAUCUCCAAAAUCCUGUCUGGACACGCGAUGCAGUACCUGUGGCUUUAUGGGUUGAUGCAUGGUUGAUUGAUUGGGCACAGUCGAGUGGAACUGCGGCUGUUCCACCGCAGAAUCCUAUUGUUACUGGUAAUGCGACGAGGGUCAGGCUGAUUCCGUAUGGGGCUGCUAAGUUGCGUACUGCGGACUUUUCUGUUGCUCAAAAGGUGGCGGCAAGUUGA